UGAACUGAACUGGUAAUCUGGAGAAGCGACGCAAAUGGAAAAGAAAACAUAGACGAGUGUGCCAGUGAAUAAUUCGCAAUGGAAUAAAGUCGGGAAAUUGCAAAAAACAGCAGCCAAAAGCCUGAGAACCCCCACCGGGAAACAUUCCCGCACUAUCCCCCGUGCACCGAGCAACGCCAGCGGGCGAAAGAGCGGGCGUUGCUAAAUAAUUUCUCCGGGGUGCUCCGCUGGACAAAAAGUGAUUUUUUUCCGUUGGCGUGCGCGUAUGAAUAAAUAGCUGAAAAAGGCAGAGAAAAUAUAAGGCAGAAAAUCAGGCAGAGAAAAUAAAUCGGAGAAAAAGGCAGAAAAAUCAGCAAAUAGAAAGUGUAUACCGCCUGCACUUGUGCCUGUGUGUAUGUGCGUACGUGUGUGUGAUGUGUGUUUGUGUGCGGGGCAGAGAACGCAAGGUGCAAAAUGUUUACCAAAAAAUCGCAUGCCGACGUGAAGAAAUCCACGGCCAAGUUACAGGAUUGCAAAAAGGAUUCCGCCUCCCGACUGCGUCAUUUACGCAUGAUAUUGGAUAAUGUGGAGGUAGAAGAGUCAAAAUCACUGUUUGAGACCAACUACAGUCAUGUCUACUUUAUACUUUACGACACCUUUAUUCAAGCCGAAGCGAACUUAAAACAAAAAGAACUUCCGUUUCACAUUGUACACAAGGCGCACCGUGAGGAGCUGGACGGUUCACUAUGGCUGCUCGAGAAGAUCCUGUGCCUCCUGCCGGAGUUGCUUGCCCGCCGGUGGCAAUGCCACUCCUUGAGUCGCAUCAUGGCAAAGCUGCUGCAUCUGGGCAACUCACCUAAGCUGAGACGCGAGGGCGUCAGAUAUUUUCUGCUGUGGUACCAGACGCUGGGCGAGAACGCUCCUGGCUAUGUGCACGCCAUGUACGCGGACCUCAUCCCCGGCCUCAUUGUGCCACAAAAGGGAGUCGUUGGUCCGGACACGGAGUUCAGUGCGUCGGACUUUCUCACCCACCCAAACAUGAAGGCGGACGGCGGUAUGGCCUCCGUAUUCCACGACAACGCGUUCUCUCAUCCCGUGCAGAGUUCGGAGGUAGUUGCUCUACUGCCUCCGUCGUCCAGCGAAAAGUCAGCGCCACCGGAUCCGCGAGAUGGACUGGAGGUCUUGCUAAACAGCAUGGUGCAUACGGCGGCUUGUCUGCGUUGGCGGGAUAAUCGUGCCCAGAAGGAUCACCGUGCAUUUGCCUUCCUGCUGCAGCGUUUUAUGGAUGUCUUUCUGCCGGUGUUCUCGCCCAGCUUUGAUGUGACCUGCUCGAUCUACAAUCCCCGCCUGGAUCUUCCCGUCAUGCGAUCAAUCAACAAAAAGGAGGAGGUGAUGGCUUCGUGCGUUGUGGUGCUCAUAAAUUGGGUGUCGCGUUUCACACACGAACGUUUGUUAAGCCAUCGCUUGGACUGCACUCUGCACAUUGAGGACGUGGACCAUGUGCGCCUGCAGGGUUAUCAGCAGGGUCUCAUCGUCCGGGAUGUGUUCUAUGUCAGUCGCGAGAACAUCAACUUUGUGCACGAGGUGUACCGUCAGGCGUUUCUGCUGAACUUCACCUCCAAGCCGCAGAUAGAAGCCAUUCGCACAGCAAUUGCUGUUUACAGGGAUUGGAUGACGGGAGAAACGCCACCACCCUUCCUGCUGGAGCCAAAUGACGACCCACCGCCUCCGUCGACAGCGGGUGGAACGCCCAGAAGCCAGCGACUUCGCACUCCCUCGUAUGUGGGCGCCAUUGCGGGCUCAAAGGAUCAGUUGGCCGUGCGGGCUGGAAGGCAGAAUGUUUUGCAGGUGUUUGUGACCAAUGCUGCCAACGUGUUUCUGGUGAACACGGCCAACCUGAACAUCUGCUUUCCCACACGCUCGCGAACCAAUCGCUCGACGCCGCUGGAGGAGCAGACGGAGAUCUGCAAGAAGGUGUUGAAUGUGUAUCGCACCAUGGUGAUGAACACGGAGAUGGACUCGCGCACCUGGGAGCAGCUGCUGGUGGUGCUGUUGCAGGUGACUUCAGUGGUGCUGCACCAGAACCACCAUCCAAUGCCGAGUGGAGCUUCGAAGAGCGCUACCUUGGGUGGCAUUUUGGGAUCAGCUAUAUUCCAGACCCUUAUUGUCACUUGGAUACGCGCCCACACCAAAGUGCCUGUCAACGUGCAGCUGUGGGAGAAAUUCCUAAACGUUCUGCAAUCGCUGACGCACCGCGAGGAGCUCAUCGUUGAAUGGAACAAGACCAUGCAAACAUUGACACGUGUGUUUUCCCGUUACACAUAUGGCAUAAGCUUACUGGACCUUCCCCUGGAUCGAGUGGCGGAGAGCCGGGCGGAGAAGCGUCGUCGGAUUGGAAGCGUCUGGCAGGGAUCGGGAUCGGGCAGCACGGCCAAUGGAGUCAAUGCGGCUUCUGCUGCCAUUAGCCAAAACAGACAGAGGGAAUCCCUGGCGGAGUCGAGUAGCAGUCGCUCGGAGGAGACCUCGUCGCAGGUGCCACUCGCCAGCCAUCCACGCCCACACCAUCAGCACUCGCAAUCCCAGGGAGGCACUGGCCAUGGAUCGCGUCCCGUUCCACUUACGCCCAUGCUGAGCCGGAGCUACAGCGAAGGCAGCUUGGCCUCGGCGGCCAGGAGCUCUAGGAUACGACGACGCAGGGCGGCCACUCCCAAACCCAAGCUGCUGCAGCAGCCGCAGAUGGUAGAAAAUCGCUGUAAUCCGCAGGAUCUAAGGCGAGCUAUGUCGCUCGAUUCGCUAGCGAGGAAAGGAGAAGCGGAGGAGACAGAUAGCUAUCAGGAAGGAGACAACGAAAGCGGAGCGGGCUCGCGGAGUCCCUCUCCCACCGCCAGCAGCGGAAUCGAGGGAGGAUCUAUUAAAGAUGCCCAGCUGCAGAUUGACGCCAGCUUGGAUGAUGCCAAUUCUGGGAGCUACGGAAGUGGCAGCCACUCGGGAAGCGUGUCCGGACGUCGUUGCAUCAUUCUAGGAGGCUCCGCCGAAGGUUGGCAUCCGGACUCCACCUCCAUUAUGUGGAAGCGCAUGCUUGGCGCCUUAGGAGAUGUUAACCGUAUUCCAAAAUCAGAUCUGCACGCCCAGGUGUUUAUGCAUCUGCUGGAGAUGACCCAAAAUCUGAUCAAGAUUAAGCAGAACCAAGGGAUAUCCACGGAUAAUCAGAGCACGCCACCGCUGCCUACUUUAGUGCCACCGAUUGGAAUUGUGGCGCCCUGGUGCUAUGGAUCCCUUUCGUUGGAUCGCUCUUUCAAGAAGGGUAAACUCUGGGCUCUGCAGCUGCUCUGCUCGCUGGCGAUUCAAGGAGCCGUCGGCAUGCAGCAGUUGCCCCUGUUCUACCAUGCUCUCCAUCAGCUGCUGACUGGCGAAGAUCGGGACUUGAUUUAUGCAAUUCUGAAGUACUUGGAAGGUCCCAGACUGCUUAGUUUGCUUCUGCCAGGACACACUUUGCUGCUGCUGGAUUUGGUGCAUGCGAGUGCUAUUCUGCUGACUUCGCUGGAGGUUUCACGGAGCACACCAAGAGCCGAGGUGGCGGCUCUUCUGGGAUCCCUGCUUUGCUAUCCGUCCUCGCUGCUGCCACGCCCCGUGCUACAGCCCACGCCACAGAAGUUCGAGCUCAUGGAGUGUCCGGAUUUACAGGAUCACAUCCUAAACAUUGUGCUAAGAUGCGCCAGGCGAGAGCCAUCGGCUAAGGCUCGAUGCAUUGCUCUUUCCCAACUGGGCCAGUGGCUGCUAUUGCGUCUUUCGCAACCUCUGGGGGUCUCUUCGAGUUCCGGACGGUCUAACCUCUUUCAGCAAGCGGUGCCUCAUCACAAGGACGUGCAUCCCAAGGAGUCGCAGGUGUACAAUCCGCGUAUCAAGGAGGUUCUUCAGGUGCUGCUCCAGGCGUUGCAGUUCAAGCACCACACCAUCGCCAUUGUGGCGGUGGAUUCACUGAAGCUGUGUGCCGAGCGUGGACGCCAGCUGGCUUCGAUCGAAAGAGUUCCUCAGCUAAUCAUCACAGCCAUCUGCAAAGCCUUGGAAAUCCAGAAUGUGUCGAAGCCCAAGGAUUCGGACAAGGUGGUGCUCACCUCGCUGAUGUUGUGCUUGGGAGAGUUCUGCAUGGCUAUUCCUGCCCCGAUAAUGCUGGCACCCUUCAACGAACAAGGCGACACCCUGGUGCUCCAAGUGCUGAGGGUGCUCCUUCAGGUAGCCUCGGGAGCUCCUCGCCACGAGAGGGUGAAACUGACGGCCGAUGAUGAUUUCGAUAUGCAGAUUGCCCACGAUGAUCUUCAAGGGGAUGGCCGUCUGCCAGAGGCCACCUAUCAGACAUCGGAGACCAUCCAGAAGUGUAUCACUGCCAUCAAGUUGUGUGCCAAGGCGGUGUCCAUGCAUCUGGUCACCCACAUCGGUCAUUUUCCCAUGGGAAUCGGAGCAUCCAGAUUGAGUUCCAUGGUGGAGGAGCAGGAUGAUAUUGGCAACGCUGCAUACGGAGGGCAGGUGGAGAUGAGACGCGACUCUGUGGAGCUUCCCUCGGUUGUGAGUGCCCAGAAUAUGCAGCUCUUUAUGCUCAACUCCGGCCUGGUGGCCAGUUUCAUUGAACUGCCCACGUUGAAACUUCCCGGUGGGGGAAUCACUGCUGGUUUGGUGACCGCCGAGAAGCAGGUGAGGGUCCUAAUGCGCGACCUCAAUGGCAAGGCCUGUUGGGAUGCAUCUAUCCUGUAUUCGGAGCCACGAAAGGGGGAGGAGGCUCCUCUAAAAACCACACCAAAGAUUCAACACACUCAGCCACUGGAUUCCAUGGUGUCCUCCAUGGUGGGACACGAGCUGCAGGUACCGCGUCACACGCUUCGACACCGUCCAGCGGGAGUGCUGCCCCUGGCCAAGGACAUGGCCCCGGAUCUGGAUCAACUGGACGACAUGCUGGCCUAUAUUGGCCACACCAGUCCGGAGUGUGUGGCCCCCACUGUGAGUCAGCUGAAUGCUCCAAGCAGCAGUCCCUUGAGCGGCAAUCAGGAGGCGCAAGCAAUUUCAGUGAUACUGAAUCAACGCCUCCUGGAGCAGGAAUACGUGACCCACUCGGCGCAGACUCCUUCGCCAGCCCUGCGACAUGCCAGCUCCAGUUCUUCGCUGCAGCAGCAGGACCAGAGAUCACUCCACUCCGCUACAGCCUCCUUUGAUUCCCUGCCGACGCGCACGGAGAUGCCGUUCCAGUACUGCCGACUGCUCUUCUCACACUUAGGAUUGGCCGGCUGGGAACGACGGUCUAGGACGCACUUGCUCCAGAGGAGCGAGAAACUCAUGAGAGAGCUACGAAACGUAGACCUUCAAAAAUGCCGGGAAACGCAUAAGAUGGCGGUGAUUUAUGUGGGCGCCGGACAAGAAGAUAAGGGAAGCAUUCUGAGGAACACAAGUGGUAGCAGCACCUACGAGAUGUUCGUUUCCGCCUUGGGUUGGGAGAUUGAUCUGGAGACGCACAACGGUUUCCUCGGCGGUUUACCCCGACAAGGAUGCGGAGCCACAGCUCCGUACUACGCCACACCCUUUCUGGAGGUGGUCUACCAUGUGGCCACCAGAAUGCCGUCGGACUCCUCUGAGGCGAUGCUCCUAAAAACGCGCCAUCUGGGCAACGACGAGGUGCACAUCGUGUGGAGCGAACACCAUCGGGAUUACAGACGGGAUAUUCUGCCCACCGAGUUUUGCGAUGUUUUGAUUGUGGUCUAUCCCCUGCGGAAUGGGUUGUUCCGGGUGACUGUUAACAGGAAGCCGGAGGUUCCUUGGUUCGGACCCCUGGCCAACGAGAGCGUUGUGAGUGGCGCCUGCUUAGCCACUCUGAUCCGAGCGACCGCCAUCAAUGCCAGUCGGACAAAGCGCGCCGCACUGCCGCUCUACCAACAAUUCUACGAGGAGCGCAAUCGUUCGCUGGAUAGCGUGUCUUCACGAUACAAGGAGAGCACCACCUUCGAGGACUUUGCCAGUAGGAUCUACAAUCCCAUGCCGCUCUCCACGCUGAGCACUCUUCGAGAAUCUAAUGCCAGCAGUUCUGCCGCACCCUUGGCUUCGGCCUUACUUGAUCACAAUCGCGCCUCCGUCAAAGGUUGGGUACAAGCCUCCAUUGAUUCUGGCCCCGUAAUGGGAAUUGCGCCUUCGGCCUCGGCUGGAUCAACGGCCGCCAUGGAGGCAGCCGCCGGAAUGUCUUCAGCCUCGCCAAGAGGACACCGAAAACUGGGUGCGCCGUUCAAGAACGUGACCAAGAAGCACUCGCUGCAGCAGAUUGUCGUCGGAGGCGGCGGAGGAGCAGGCGGAGACACGCCGCCCGAAAGUCCGACCUUGCCCCAGCGGCGCUUCAAAUAAUGCCUGUCCCUUCCUGCGAUUUCCGGUACUAACUGCACCCAUUCCCUCCCCCACCAAUCGGGCAAUCGAGGCCCGAAAAGAUGCAGAGAGUUCUAAUGCAAACAAAAGUAUUGCGAAACACGUUUCCUCCUAUGUUAGUUAUUGUAAUUUAUUUCGGUUUCCAGCUUAGUCUAACUAUCGGUGUAUCUAACUAUUUAUUUUCUGCUACGCCUAAUCGAUCGCUACUCUCUAAUGCACACCCUUCCAUUUCCAAGAUAACACUGUGUUGUAAUGCUUUGCGAAUUUUACCUAGUUACUAUGAUUUUACGUAUUUAUUUGAUGAACCCGCUCGUCUGCGAGGCGGCUGUAUUUUGCGUCCACUCAAACUCACUUAUUUGAAAUUAUGUUAUCUAUGCACUCAACUACGUUAAACAAUUCAACGUUAUGUAAGAUUAUUUAGUUAAAGAGCUUUAAGCAUUCGAGUGCAAAUUUUUUUUUUUACAUUUUUAUGUCAAAUUUUACGCUUGGCAACGAGAUGCAAAUUCAAAGAAUUCGAAAAACGUUUUAAGUCACGCACAAAAUGCAAGAAUAAUCAAAAUUCGAACAUAGAAACUUGCUCUGCCCAUUAAAGCAACACGUCAACUACUAGUAUUAUGUAAUCGAGCUAUAUGUAUAGGUAGCCUAGUUGUAAGCAUUCUCUACUAUUUAAUCCCCUAUCAACUGUCGAUGGCAAUCGUCACUAGGAGUGUGAGUCUUUAAAAGGAAAACAAAACAAAAGAGUAACUAAAAUUGUUCAAACAAUCGCCUUUUAUUUGUGUGUAAAAAUGAAAUUGUUACGAGAUGAUUUAUUAACCAGUAUAGGGAUGUUCUUCAUUUGUAUUUCACUGCGAAUUGUUUCAUCGAAUUGAUCAAAUUGAUAGAUUUAUAUUUAUAUAUAUUUACACCAAGAUAUGUUAAUUUUGUAUUUAUGUAAAACGGGCAACUGAAAGUUAAUUGCAAUGCCUUUUUGUUGCACAAAUGUUUUAUGAAAUCUGUAGUCUAAUUAACACAAUUAACCAUAAGCGAGUAAACAUUUUUGUAUAAAAAAUCGGUAAACAAAUAAAAAGAAAAGCAAAUUAAA